UUUCGACUGGCAAUAACAUCAAAUUCCAGUUUUUAUUUUAUUUUUAUUUCCCAUCUUUUUGUUUAUCCUUGGGGGAAAAUGUCUGGCAUGCAGUCUAUGGCGAGGGGCGUUGGAGCCAUAGUCCAAGUAGGUCGGCGUUUCUCCACUACCUCAAGAUUCUCGCUGCUGGGAUCAGUGGGUGACAGCUACCACGGAUUGCUACUGAAGCAGAAGAGCGCAGUCAAAAACAUUCAGAAUGUAAACCAUAUCAGCCGGCCGCUGGAGGAUAAAACCACGCUUCGUCUAGUCUUGCAAAAGCUCGACGACAGAAGACACAAGACGACGAGCUCAACAGACAACGAUGGGAAUAGUUUCGGUCGAAAGCAAUCGGAUGAGAAGCCCAGCGCUCUGAGUCCAUACAUACCAUCAAAAAAUAAUAAUCAAGAAAAGCUCAUCUUCAUAAGCGGAGAAAUAUUUCUUCCAGUCCGGCGGCCUGAGUUUGUUAGUCCAAGCGCGGAGGUCAUCUCCACAGAAGAGGAGGAAGCCUCUGUCGAUGAGGUGCCUGAGCCUAUCAGCGGGGAUCAAAAGAUGGAGCAGGGCAUCGAAGAAAAAAAAGAAAAGCCUAUAGUCAUGAUUGAACAUGUUUUCUACGAAAAACAAAAGGACGAAAAUCAAAUCAGUGAGGUUGAAGCGAUCUGCGAACAUGAAAAAGACGAAAAGCCAAUCGAAGUGAGUGGGGAAAUCGAAUGGGGACAAGAAAAUGAAGAGAGUCUUGUGGGUUUGAGUGACGAACAGAUCUACGGAAAACAGAUCGAAGAAAUGUCCCUUAUUCAGGAUUACGAGAUCUUGAGUACCGAAGAAAUGGAACAGCAAACCUCCGAUAUGGCUGAAGAGAUCACUAGUAGAAAACAGAGAGAAGAAAAGCCUAUUCAAGAUGAGAUCACCAACAUGAAACAGAAGGAAGACGAUGAGAUCUUGAGUACAGAAGAAAUUGAGGAGCAGCCCUUCGAUAUGGCCGAAGAAAUCACCAGUAGAAAACAGAGGGAAGAAAAACCUUUCCAGGAUGAUGAGAUCGUCAGCAGGAAACAGAAGGAAGAAAAGUCUUUUCUUCAAGACGACGAGAUCUUAAGUACAGAAGAAAUGGAACAGCAGACCUUCGAUAUCACCGAAGAGAUCAGUAGUAGAAAACAGAGGGAAGAAAAACCUUUCCAGCAUGACGAGAUCAUCAGUAGAAAGCAGAAGGAAGAGGAAUAUUUUCAUCAGGAUGACGAAAUCUUGAGUACAGAUCAAAUACAACAGAAAUCCUUCGAUAUGGCUGAAGAGAUCACCAACAGAAAACAGAGGGAAGAAAAGCCUAUAGGCAAAAUAUCACAAGCCUUUUUAAAAGAAAGCCCCGAGGUCGCUGAACUGACAAAGCCUGAGGAAAUCUUCAGUAGUGAUCAACGAAAAGAGAAUCAACAGUAGAACUGAAAAGGAUGGAAAUUUAAUCAAAACAGGACCAGAGACCGUUUUACAUGCAACAUAAGGAUAUAUGGAUAAGAUGAGUGUAACAAAGAAGAAUUGGUAGUGCUAAACGAUGAAUAAGA